GCAAGUUGCUCAGUUUACUACAGAAACUAUAACUGCGUUGAGGCGAUCGUUUUUAAGGGUUAUUUUGCUCAACUCAAUAUAUUGGCGCGGUUGCAUUAUUUAUUCACCUAAAGGAGUAUAUUGUAUUUCACUGUGGACGUGUAUUUACCUGAAUUGUGACCAAAAAAGUAGACUUUUUUUUACUGUAUUUAAAAAAAUAAAACUUUAUUUUUUUUUUGUAAAAAGAAAAAAACACCCAAUAAUACCUGGACUAUAUGUCACUUUAACUUUCUAAAUGUUGGACAUGCGAAUUGAAGAAUUAUAUUUUCAUCCCUGUUGUGAACUAAACGGGGAAAUACAAGCCAAGGAACUGUUCGAAACUCGGUACAAAAUGGGUCCACUUCUGGGCCGAGGCGGGUUUGGAUCUGUCUAUGCAGGGCAGCGUAUAUCUGACGGCUUGCAGGUCGCAGUAAAACAGAUUCCAAAGGACAAGGUGCAGAAAUGGACACGGCUGCCCAGCGAGCCCCGGCGCUUACCGAUGGAGAUCGCGCUCCUGCAGCGGCUGUGGAGCGGCGCGGGCACCGGCGGGAGCGGCUCAGCCGCCCCUCGCGGGAUCAUCCGAAUGCUCGAGUGGUUUGAAACGAGCAACGGUUUUCUCAUCGUGUUCGAACGGCCGACGCCGUGUCAGGAUCUCUUCGACUUCAUCUCCGAACGGGGGUCCCUGGAGGAGCCGCUGGCGCGAAGAUUCCUGCGUCAGGUGACGGAGGCUCUGCUUCACUGCCAGUCCCUGGGGAUCGUGCACCGCGACAUCAAGGACGAGAACAUCCUGGUGGACACCUGCAAAGGCGAAAUCAAGGUGAUCGAUUUUGGCUCCGGGGCACUGAUCAAAGAGAGUUUGUUCGCUGAAUUUGAAGGGACUCGUGUGUACAGCCCCCCUGAAUGGAUUAUGCAUGGUCACUACCACGCUCGUCCCCUCACAGUCUGGUCUUUGGGGGUACUGCUUUUUGACAUGGUGUGUGGGGAUAUCCCCUUUGAGGGGGACGCGGAGAUCACCAGGGCCCAGCUUCACUUCACCAAGCAGGUCUCCCCGGAAUGCCAGUCUCUGAUUGGCUGGUGCAUGGCCUUCAGACCGGAAGAGCGACCAACCAUGGAAGAGAUUCUACUCCACCCCUGGAUGACGGCUUCAAGCGCCGUGACAGAACAUUAUGAUCCAAUCCUGGGGGUGUGCAGAACCAGCAAAAACCAAAGCAACCCAUAAAAGGAGACUGGGGGGGGGGGGGGAGGAGAGGGGGAAGACUGGCUUGCCUAAAUUCUAUAUUUAUUUAAAGACCAUAACGAUCUACCAUCAGAAUUCUGUGUGUCUUUACACCCCCACACACAAUCCCAUUUAUUUUUAAUUUAUGUAUUUAUUUAUUUAUUUUUGGACCAGUGUCAUUAGUUUUAGUUUUUUUGCAAGUCCAGAUGUCUCCUCCCCACUCUCCUUUUGACUUUUUUGUUUCUCCCUUCUUCAAAGUCAGAAAGCGAAAUCGGCUUUAAUUUAUUACACUCUCCGUCAUCGUUAUCGAAUUUUACGUUCGUUUCUGAACCCCUGGUUUUACAGGGGACAGGCUACCGAUUUGAAAACCCUCUAUGUACGAGGAGAAUCGGAUCCAGGAAAAAAAAAAAAAAGACAGCAAGCAAGGUGAAAGCCAGUCGCUGAAACCUGUAUUUAAAAAAACAAAUGCAAACCCGAAUCCUGAAGGUAUCGCAUGGGGGGAAAAAAAAACAACAUUAAGGCAAGUCACUGACACUGAAUUAAAAAAAUAUAUAUAUUCUAAUGAAUUAGUCAUUUAGCAGACUUAGAGACUUGGGGGUGAACUCUGCAUCAUCAUCAACAACUGCUGCUGCUGCAGAGUCACUUCCAAUAGGACCUCGUUUGUUUUACAUCUCAUCCGAAGGACGGAGCACAAGGAGGUUAAGCGACUUGCUCAGGGUCACGCACAGGGAGUCGGUGGCUGGGAUUGAACUGGGAACCUCCUGGUAACAAGCGCCUUUCUUUAACCAGUGGGAGAAUCACAAUGGGAUAACCCAAGCCUCGAAAGACAUCACCAGUGAUCUACAUCCAGACCUGACCUGAGAGUAUAUGCUGAGACAAAACUAAGCAGAAACAAAGGCAAGCUGUAUACUGGAGAGAAACAGCAGGGUCUCAUGCAGAAAUCUCCUGUACAAACGUGAUCAAAGCUGCGUACGGACUAGGAUACUGUCAGGCAGCUACGAUAGCGAUUGCAGUGGCGUUACAGUUUGAAUCCUGAAGAAAACUCUUCGAAAAACUGAACGAUCGCUCAAGGAACUCCAGAUUGCUGCAGAAAUCUGUAUGCAAACCUGUUCGAAGCUGGAGAAACGAACAUAUCAGCACCAAAGUGGCUUUCCCUCCAGCACAUAAGUGUGCACAAUAAAGUGAUUGCAGAUUGUAACUCUCUUCAUGUCUUUGGCACAGACUGUUUGAAUUGAUGCUGUUUUUCUGCAAAAUGUAUUUGUGCUCCACCAAAUGUUUCCAGUUUUAUGAGUUUUGUUUUAAAAAUGUUGGCAGUUCCAAAUUGUUAGGCAUGCUUUUUAGGUCAUUUUAAAAUGUUAUUUCUCUGAAUACCAGCAGCUUUUAACAAUGUUCUAAUCUUGCUGGUAUUUUUACAGAGUGGAGACAACAGGUUCAGACAUUUUGGGACAGUGCUGUGAUUUUGAAACUACAUAUGAAGGCAGCUUGAAUUUGGGGGCAAUUAUACUGCUAAAUGACCUUGUGCUUCGUUAGUGGUUAUCAAGGAACAGAAUUUGAACUUCAGCACUCCACUGUUUUACUUCCUGUUUCCACUGUGAAAUCACCAUGGUUACCACAGAACGUAGCCAAUAGCAGUUGCUUUUAUUUUUUUUUGGAGUCUUCAAAAAAGUUUUUGGCACUUUUUUAACAUACAAAGGAUGCCUACAAUAAUUUUAAAACCUAGCCGCCUUAAUGAAUCACAGAAUCGAUAAACUACUGGACGCUGAACUGGCUAAGCGUUUUCAGGGGUAUGAGUAAAGACUCCCAUUGCACAGCAGUUUGAUCCAUUCCAGGUUUAAGUUUAAUAAGACACAGCUGAGCUUGUUAGCUAGACACACUGGGGCUGAUCAAGCUGGUAGUAAAACCUGGAAUGGGUGAAACUGCUCUGCAAUAGGAGUCUGAUUCCCAUCCCUGCCCUCCUACCUUUUAUUAAUAGCUCCAUAAUUGCCAGUUUGGCUUGAAAAAUAAAAGCCUUUCAUAAAUAUUGACUAAAUAAGAUCGUACUGUUGCAGAAGAUGAAAGACUUGAACUUGACUCCUUUUAAUCCUGGCCUGACCCAGGGUUUCUGAAUGGAUGUAUUGUAAAUACUUGUGUAUUGUUUGUUUGAACUGUGUUAAGUUACGCAGUUUCAUUAUUUAAAUAGGGUGGGGUUGGGUGCAAUUUGUCCAUGAAUAAAAAGCACAGAAUUGAAAACGUAA